AUGGCACGUCGAGAAGAUUCGCUCCAUCCAUUACACGGGGCCCUUGAAGCCUUGCUUCACGUUCGCCUCCGACUUCGCGGCGGAGGAGUGGGAACAGCCUAUGCGCAUUUGGCACCGCGCAAAUGGAGAGGCACGAGAUCCUCCCUUUGCCAAAGAGCAGGCGCCGUGCCAACGAACAUGGGCGUCCUCCAACGAGGCGGCGGGACAUCCGGGGAACGGGACUCCGUGCUCCAGCACCUCUUCGGAGUGGGGGAGGAGGAGCUCCUGAGCCUCGGCGCCUCGCACGUCUGCAAGCAUUUGAGCGCGGCAAUGGCCAAGUUUGCGGAGCAGGUCUUCGCUGCAGGCUACCAGCAGCUGGUCUCUUGCCAAGGAGGCUCAUGCAGCCAGAUUCCAUUGGUGGAAGAGGAGCUCACCAGAGCAGGCGACCAGCUGCAACGCACCUGGCAAAUCUUCCUGCAGCGGGCCUCCAACGAUGCCAAGGUGGAGCUCUACGGCCUGGGCAGCGUGGAAGACGUGCUGCUGGACCAGCGGCGCAAGGCUCUGGAGCUCUUGGAGCAAAGCCUUCGAGAGAUCCACCACGCCAGGCGGGUGGUCCCGUUCAGGAUGGCUGCGUCUUUGACAUGA